AUGGCGCCGCGGCCGCUGAGCCCCCUGGCGCUGGCGCUGGGCGGCGCGGCGGCCCUGCUGGGCUCGGCGCUCUUCCUGCUCUGGAGGGCCUACCGGGGGCGGCGCGGGGGCGGCGAGGCCUGGUGGGGCGCGGGGCGCGCCGGCCUCCCCGAGUGGGACGAGUGGGAGCCUGAGGAUGAGGAGGACGAGGAGGACGAGGAGGACGAGGAGCCGGCGCUGGAGGAGCUGGAGGAGCUGGAGGAGCUGGAGCAGCGCGAGGUGCUGGUGCUGGGGCUGGACGGCGCCGGGAAGAGCACGUUCCUGCGGGUGCUGUCCGGGAAGAGGCCGCUGCAAGGCCAUGUCCCCACUUGGGGCUUCAACUCCGUGCGGCUGCCCACCAGGAACUUCCAGGUGGACCUGCUAGAGAUCGGUGGCAGCCAGAACAUGCGCUUCUACUGGAGGGAGUUUGUGAACGAGGUGGACGUGCUGGUGUUCAUGGUGGACUCGGCGGACCGGCUGCGGCUGCCCUGGGCCCGGCAGGAGCUGCACAGGCUGCUGGACAGGGACCCCGACCUGCCUGUCGUCGUGGUGGCCAACAAGCAGGACCUGAGCGAGGCCAUGAGCCUGGUGGAGCUGCAGCAGGAGCUGGGUCUGCAGGCCGUCUACCGCCGGCGGGAGGUCUUCUUCCUGGGGACCAGCAUCGCCCCUGUGGGACCCCGAUCCGAAGGCCGCGGCACUGUGCACAUCUGGAAACUGCUCCUGGAGCUGCUCUCCUAG